AUGUCUCCGCAUAAUCUCCAUAAGGUUCUCGAAGAUCCAGAAGAAGCAACAGAAGUUGUAAUACCUACCUAUGAACUCUAUGAAACCUCCUAUCAACCAAAUGAUCCCGAAAAGCUUUUCGAGCGUCACAUUUGGAUUCCAAUACUGCUGAUGGCUCUUAUAUCUCUUAUUCCAGUAAUUUACUUUAUAAAAUGGAUUGUUAACAGAAUUCUGGACUGCUGCAGACGCAGAAGAGGAGUACCAACGUCAGAAGUUACAGGAAGAGAUGAUGGACAAACCACAAGAAGAAUGAGAAUGAUCAAAGGUUGUGUUCAAUCAGAAACAGUCGAUAGUUCAAUGAAAAACGAUGAUUGGGAACAUUUAGAAGAGCAGCUGUUGGAAUUCGCAGAGAGCUUCAAGAAAAUGGAAAAGAAGAACCUGCAACAGUCUACAGAAGAGAAAUCUGAAGAGAAAGAAGAAUCAUCACCAGAUUCAACUGAAGAUAUCGUAGCUACUAAUGAUGAAGUCAAUGGUGUGAAUAGAUUGAUGGCAUUGGAGAAAUUUCCUCGAUAUCAAUAA